CACUAGCUACGGGACAUUGUUUUUGUGUGUCAUUAUUGCAGGGGAAAAUAUUGAGAGAAGAUUAAACAUUUGCACGAAGUUACAGGUUUAUUAAAAAAUCAUAUAUACUCAAAUAUUAAACAGCAAACAUGAGCGACAUACAAACCUUAAUGGACAUGGGUUUCCCCAGAGAUCGAGUUGAAUAUGCAUUGAAAGUAACUAGCCACAAGGGCGUCGAAAUGGCCAUGGAAUGGCUGUUGGCCCAUGGUGACGAAGAGAUACCCGCUGCGGCGGCAAGCGAUGCAGCUCCUGCUGCAGCCGCAGCUUCCGGCGAAGACACAGCGCCCAGCAGCAGCGGUGCUGCCGACGGCGGAGCCGUAGCCAAAUCUCUGAAAUGCGAUGACUGUGGCAAGGUGCUCAAGGAUCAGACUGAGGUAGAAUACCAUGCGGCCAAGACAGGUCACAGCAACUUUUCCGAAUCCACCGAGGAGAAGAAGGCGCUCACCGAGGAAGAGAAGAAGGCACAGUUAGCUCUGAUCGAGGAGAAGCUUAAGCAGAAGCGCGUGGAGCGAGAGGAGCGCGAGAAGGCUGAUGCAUUGGAGCGUGAACGUAAUCGUAUACGCUCUGGCAAAGACAUGACAGAGGCACGCCGUCGCAUGGAGGAAAUCGAGAUGAAGAAAAUCGUGGAUCAGCGCAAGCGCGAAAAGGAGGAGGAGAAGGCGGCACGCGAUCGUGUUCGUGCUCAGAUCGAAGCGGACAAAGCGGCACGCAAAGCCAGGGAAGCACAUAACAGUCCCGCUGCUCAGUUGUCGGACGCCGUACCCUCUGUCAGCUCCACUACGACAGCCACUACGCCCACUGGCGUCAAGUCUCCACCGCGCGAGUACACGGAGACACGCAUCCAGGUGCGAUUGCAGGAUGGCUCCACACUGGCUUCCGAAUUCAAUGUGAAGGAGCCGCUGUCCGCUGUGCGUGUGUUCAUCCAGGUGAAGACUGGCAUUGAGACUCCAUUCGCACUGAUGACAACAUUUCCGCGCAAGAUCUUUGCCGACGAGGACUAUGAGAAGCCGCUCGAGGUGCUGGGCCUUGUGCCCUCCGCUGUGAUCAUCAUGACAAAGCCGCCUGCGUAAAUGCUCUCACAAASAACCACAACAA